CAACGCCACUGUGGCUCGUUCUCUCGGGAGUUCCCGCGCCGCUGCAGAGGACGACUCAGGCUGGGGGCCCCGCGGCUGUCCACUGCGUCGUCACCCUGCCUGCCUCGCCCGAGUCAGUGCCGCGCGCAGCGCUGUCCCUCAGUCAAUCGGCUCGCUAACUUAAGUCGCUUUAACCGAAAUGGAAAAGUAUGAGAAACUGGCGAAGAUCGGAGAAGGGUCUUAUGGGGUUGUAUUCAAGUGCAGAAACAAGUCUUCUGGACAAGUGGUGGCUAUCAAAAAGUUUGUGGAGUCCGAAGAGGAUCCGGUUGUUAAGAAAAUAGCCCUGAGAGAAAUACGCAUGCUGAAGCAGUUGAAGCACCCAAACCUUGUGAACCUCAUCGAGGUGUUCAGAAGAAAGAGAAAGAUGCAUUUAGUUUUUGAGUACUGUGAUCACACGCUGUUACAUGAGCUGGAGAGAAACCCGAACGGUGUUCCUGAUGGGGUCAUCAAAAGUGUGCUAUGGCAAACCCUUCAAGCCCUCAACUUCUGCCACAAACAUAACUGUAUUCAUCGGGAUGUAAAGCCUGAAAACAUCCUAAUAACCAAGCAAGGAAUGAUCAAGAUCUGUGACUUUGGAUUCGCAAGGAUUCUAAUUCCGGGAGAUGCCUACACAGACUAUGUUGCCACCAGGUGGUACCGAGCCCCUGAGCUUCUCGUGGGAGACACGAAGUACGGUUCCUCGGUGGACAUAUGGGCUAUCGGCUGUGUUUUUGCGGAGCUCCUGACGGGUCAGCCACUCUGGCCAGGAAAGUCAGAUGUGGACCAGCUUUACUUGAUCAUCAGGACACUGGGAAAACUCAUCCCAAGACAUCAGUCCAUCUUUAAGAGUAACCAGUUUUUCCGUGGCAUCAGCAUACCGGAACCAGAAGACAUGGAGACUCUUGAAGAAAAAUUCUCAAAUGUUCAGCCUGCCGCUUUAAGUUUCAUGAAGGGAUGUCUGAAGAUGAACCCAGAUGACAGGCUGACCUGUGCCCAGCUACUGGACAGUGCCUACUUCGAUUCUCUGCGAGAGGAUCAAAUGAAGAGAAAAGCCCGCAGCGAGGGAAGAAGCAGAAGGCAUCAGCAGAAUCAACUGUUGCCUCUUAUACCUGGAAGCCACAUCUCCCCAACACCUGAUGGAAGAAAGCAAGUCCUCCAGUUAAAAUUUGAUCACCUCCCUAACAUUUAGGGAACCCGGUCUUCCCAGUGCACCCAUUUAAUAUGUAGAUACUUUUGUAUGCGACAGGAACGCUCAGUGUUCCCGGUGCAAACGAGCGGCGUGCAAAUGAAGGUGCCGCUGAGACCCGGGUCGCUCUGAUCCUUCUGAUUCCUUUCCCUGUGCCUUUCCCAUGCCAACUCUGUCUCCUAGAACACUCUCUUCACAUGUCCUAAUGCCAAAAUGGCGCCCAUACGGAGGAGGUUUGCAGUUCAUCAGAGCCGGAUUUCCUCAGACACUGCGAAUCUGUGGGCUCACGCUUCCAUUAGGGAAGGAUCUCAUGAGCCGUCUCCCUUCUGCUGACCACGUAACAUCCUGAAGCAGGAGCAGACCUGCCGGCUGCUGUUGACAGAGGGGACACCACUCAGCUCCCCCGCUGCAGUCUCUUCUCAGCGUAGCCUGGACUUUUGGCAUUUACACGGCGGCAGCAUGGUGACCGGAAGAGACGGUCUACGGUAACCUCUUCACUCCAGGGCAGAAUCUUCUCCAUCUUAGGAGGCACUGCGGAUUCUGCUUUUACAGCGAGCUGGAGUUGAUCCACAGCGGACAGACUACAAGGAAUCACCCACCGCAUGACAGUAAUGUUCCUGAAUCACGGACUGCCCGCUCUAAGGCUGUCCCUGGUGCGCCAUGCUUUCUCCUUUCUUCUUUUUUAACCCAUUUGUGUGUGUGGAGUCGGUGGAGCAGGGGAGACCUCACAUGUGACGUCAAAGGACAAGUCGGAGGCCAACCUGGUCAUUAUGGCAAGCCCUUGUCUUAACACCCACUCUCUAAAAGUUGAUUGAACCCAAAUCCCUGUUGCUGGACAUAGAAAAUCUGUAUAGUUCAUACAUAUGUAGAAUGCCAUUGUUGUCAUUUGUCAAAAUAGCUAAAGAUCUUGCUAGUAGUAGAAGUGUACUUUGCCUCGGUGGAUAUCUUAGUAUUUCAUUUCUGACCUGAUUACAGUUAGAUUAAAAAAAAUCAAAGAAUGAUUGUGUAUUUUACAUUUUUAAAGUAGACCUGCUUUAGUUACGCUAGUUAAACCCUUAUGAGAGGCUGGGGAUGUGACUGGGUAGAUGCAGCUCUUGCCUGAUAGUCCUUGCAGAAGUCCUGGGUUUCCUUCCCAGCUUAGACAAAAACAGCUGUAAUCACACCUCCCUGGAGUCGAAGUUCGAAGUCACCUUGGCUCCUCAUAGAGUUCAAGGCCAUGCCCGGCUAACAUUUUCCAGGCCUGAGGGUGCACUGUGUAAGGGGUAGAAAGGGAGAUCUCAAGUUCAAGGCCAGCCUGAGGGUGCACUGUGAGGCUAGCUCCAACCAAACAGAAGUAAACGAGUUAGCUGGUAAGGGCAGUCUCUGGCCAAGUCUCUAAACCGUCUCUCUGAAGAAUGCGCCGUGUUUCCAGACGGUUUCAGAAUGUGUGUGGACAGAAGCCAGGCUAUUUCAGCUCACUCGACCUUGUAACCAUCGUUAAUUAGCAUUUAAUAAUUAGUAUGAUAGAUUAGAGUUAACUACAAAGUAGCAUUGGCUGAAUUGGGUUAAAUGCAUAAUAUUAUGGCAUUUAAACUUUUUACUUCAGAUAUUUCGAAAAGCUGGGUGAAGAUUAAACACUUCAGCGACUGUGUAUUUGUGUAUUUAACUUGACUGUUCUUUAAUUUAUUUUAAUAAAAGCCAG